CACUACCUCUUAAAUCACAAAAAUAUCUCACAACAUUCAUAUUCGAUCAUCAAAACAACAACAAAUAUAUCCAAAAGGGCCUUUAACUAUUUUUAUAUCAAAAACGUACAACAGCCUUGAAAACUAAUCAUGUCUAAUGAAGCGGUUUACAGCGAAUCCCCAAAAGUUGACGAGGCCACUACUCCUCCCGUGGAGCAGUCGGAACGUGGAUGGUUCGAUUUCAUGAAGACCAAGAAGACGGACGAAGGAACCAAGUGUGACGAUGAAGACGCCGCAAUCUCGUCUGAAUUCGAUCAGAAAGUUCAUGUGUCCGACCCCGAACCAAAAUUAGCCGAGGAGGAACAUAAGCAUGAAACUUCUUUCGAGAAAAUGUCGACUGAAGCCGAACCAAAGGCUGAUGAGAAGCCAUAUGAAACUUUGUUCCAAAAAAUGUCUGAAGCCGAACCCGAAGCUGAUGAGAAUAAGCAUGAAACUUUGCUCCAGAAAAUGCAUGAUUCACAUGUCGGUUCCAGUUCUGGCAGUUCGAGUGAUGAAGAGUGCGAAGACGGAGAAAAGAAGAAGAAAAAGAAGAAGGAAAAGAAAUCAAUGACCACGCAGAUCCAGGAAAAGAUAGAAGAGCGCAAAGAAAAGAAAGAGGAAGAAGAGAUGGCGAAACAUGAAAAUGAGACACAUGUCCCAGUUGAGAAAUAUGAAGAAGUAGCGGCCCCGCCACACAUUAGUGAAGUGGCCCACCCCAUCGUGACCCCCGAGCAACCACACACUAGUGAAGUGGCCCACCCCAUUGCGACCCCUGAGCCAGAGGAGAAAAAGGGGUUCAUGGAAAAACUCAAAGAUAAGCUUCCUGGCCACAAAAAGGUCGAGGAGGAGGAACACAGUGCUCCUCCUCCAUCAACACCAGCAGUCGAGACAUAUGAUGGUGAAGAGAAGGAGAAGAAGGGUAUUUUUAAGAAAAUUAAAGAGAAAAUUCCUGGAUAUCACUCAAAAGCUGAGGGGGAAAUGGUUAAAGAAUGUGAUUAAGCAAAAUGCCGGGUUGUUUUGCUUUGGUUUGCAAGUGUGGAUUUAUGAUUUUUCUUGUUUUUGGUCUGUACCCUUUUGGAUGAAUAAGUGGUAAAUUUGAAAAAAAAAUUAUAUACCUUAAAUACAAUAUUUUUUUCGUGAUCAAAA